AUGAGACUUCCAUCGGCUUACGCCCUCACGGCGACGCUCGCCUUUGCCAGUGUCGGCUCGGCCCAGGUUGUUGAUGCUGACUUGGUCGGCACAUGGGCAACAAAGGCCAACAAGACCUUGACAGGUCCCGGCUUCUACGACCCCGUCGGCGAUAACAUGAUCGAACCCUCGCGACCAGGCAUCUCCUACUCUUUCACCUCAGAUGGUUUCUACGAAGAAGCCUACUACCGCGCCAUCUCGAACCCUGCCAACCCCUCCUGCCCCGGCGCCAUCAUGCAAUGGCAACACGGCAGCUAUGUUAUCGGUAGCGACGGUUCCCUCACCAUGACCCCCAUCGCCGUCGACGGUCGCCAACUGCUGUCACAACCCUGCCAGAACAAGAACUCAAUCUACACGCGCUACAACACUACUGAAAAGAUGAAGGCCUACCGUGUCUAUACCGACCCAUACCACGGCGUCGCCCGCCUCGAUCUCACUGAAUUCGACGGCAAAAUCAUGCAACCCAUGUACCUGGUUUACUCUCCUCCCACCAUGCUCCCCACCCAAACACUCAACCCCACGCUUGCCGCCGGCGCCACCUCGACCUCAAAAGCAAAGCGUGACGUCCCAAGAGAGGUGCCUUCGAAUUUCAAGAUGGGUGUGCAGAGCCAGGUCAUGAACCCUGACAGAUGGUGGUGGAUGGGUUUGACAUUUACUGGUAUUGGUGGCCUGCUCUACUUUGGUCCCAGGAGGAUGGGUAUGCAGUUGUGA